GUCACGAUACCUAUACUGGUUCAUGAUGACUCGGCCGGAGCUUAACCCGUGCCGUAGUUUGCGCUAAGUCUGACUUAUCAUUUUUGAUGUGAAGUAUCUCAUCUUAUAAGCUCUUGGAGUCUCCCAGUCUCAUCAACGAGUUCACCAAAGAGCCCAAAAUUAAAGAUCACGCCGAUAAAAUCAAGCGACGCGUAACGCCAAAAUGUACGCAGACAUCAACAAACCUCCAGCUCCUCUUCCCCGGUCUGAAUUGAAGACGGUUGAAAGCGGGGUUUCACUAUUGUCACCCCUUUCUCGCCGUGGAGUUGGACCGGGCCUCAUUCUCCUUCUCCCUUCAGUCGACAAUGCACUAGCAAUUGAGGAAGGCGUGCCCGCGCUGCCCCUGAAAUGGGCCGAGGAGGGGUACACAGUCAUUGCUGUUCAGCCAACAGCGUUCGAAAAUGGCAUACGCGAGACGCUCGAUCUUACCAUUGAAGCAUUCCGAAAGAGUGAUAAGUGCGACCCAAAAGAUGUGGUUGGCCUUGUUGCGUACGGACCAGAAAUGUGGAACACAGUUGCGCCGAUCCUAUCUGAAUACCCAGAGAUCGUGAGCACAGUGGUAUACGCCGAUAGCUCAGAAAGGUCAUCGAUCUCCAGUAGCUCUUCGCCCACAGUCUAUCACUUUGCUGGAAAAUCCGAAGGACAGCCCUUGCGGUCAAAGAGCCGAACGGAAUACUUUUACCCAGCAGCCCAGUCCUUCAAAUUCGCAACUCCGUUCCAGGCGCACUUCGAUUACAAUAUGGAUAUGCUCUCGUACACUCGCAAUCUCACUCUACUCAAAGGCGAAAUGAAAAGUCCCAUUUUUGACUUGGAGGCCAUUUGGGAUGAGCAUACCUGGUAUGAGUUCGCCGAUAGAUCUGUGGAGCACACUAUGAGCACAAUGGUGCAAGAACCAUACGUCAACCACAUCCCAACGUUGACCGGCGGUGUUGGUCGCGACAAGCUUACUGACUUUUAUCGUCACAACUUCAUCUUCAAUAACUCAGCCGACACGGAGUUGGAGCUCAUCAGUCGAACCAUCGGCAUCGAUCGUGUAGUUGAUGAGUUCAUUUUUAAGUUCACACACGAUCAGGAGCUUGACUGGCUGCUCCCGGGAGUUCCACCAACCAAUAAAUACGCUGAGAUCCCAUUUGCUGCCGUUGUAAACAUCCGAGGUGAUCGCCUGUACCACGAGCAUAUCACUUGGGAUCAAGGUACAGCCUUGGCUCAAUUGGGGCUCCUUCCAGAGUACCUUCCUUUCCCUGGGGGUAAUCUCCAGUACAGGGUCCCUGUAGCGGGCGUAGAGACAGCGAUGAAGCUGAGAGCACGAAAUUCUGUUCCGUCGAAUGGAAUGUUCAAGUUUUCGACACGCUCUGUAGACAGCGAAACAGUGACUCGAGGAAAGUUGGUUGCGACUGUAAGCGACAAUGGUGUAGCAUCAAUUGCAAAUUGAUCAACAACAAUUUUCAGUGCAGAAUUUCUUCAAUUAAGUGUUCCUAUUAUGUGU